AUGAUUGGAACUUGGUGUGAGGAGGUCAACAGCAACAUUAUUGUUUCUUUUGCAGACUCUUUAAGCGAGGCUUUAAAGGCUAUCACUGUGAGUACGGAACUGGUUGAUGAGGAGCUCAAGCCACAUUUGGAUACAGUUUUGAAUGCACUGUUGGAAAACCAGAAAUAUGCAGCAGUUGAAAUUGCCAGAAGUGGGAUCCUACCAACACUGGCCGAGACCUUGCGGUGUAAAAAUGUCCUGAGCUGCCAGGUGGCUUUGGUGGUGGCAGAGAUGGCUCGAGAAGGUGAUGUCAGACAGCAGUGCAUCCAGGCAGGUUUGGUGAAUGUCCUGGUUCCCCAUCUGAACAGCAAUGAUCAAGACAUGCUGCUGAAUACUGGCAGGGCCAUUGGACGCAUCUGCUUCGAUGACUUAUACCAACAGGACCAGCUUGUCCAGGCCGGCGUCAUCCCCAGAUUGGUGUCCAUAAUGAGGGAGUUUCCAGAGAAUGAUCCACUGGUGAAUGUUUGCCUGCUGGCCCUCUGUAACUUGGCUGACAUGGACUCUACCAGGGAGGCCUUGGUGGGGAUAGACUUCACUGAAGUUCUGACCAUUCAACUGAAACGUGCUCCGAAUGCUGAGCGCAGACACAUCAUCCUGGAAAUACUGGGCUCAGUAGGUGAGAACGAAACUCUGAAACUGCAGAUUUCAGAGUCUCGAGUCCCCAAGGCUUUGUCAGAGAUGAUUCAAGACCUGGAUAAAAGCUGUGAUCCUCAUGAUCUCUGCAGCAUCAAGAUUGCCUCCAACCUCAUAGUGUCGCUGCUUUCAGGAGAUGAGUCCAUGCAGAGCUGUUUUGGGGAAGGAUCAGGUGUAGUGUAUCAAGGCGUCCUAUCCUGGUUGGAGAGCCCAAACACACAGCUGCAGCUGUCAGGAGCCCUCGCCAUAGCCACCUUCGCCAGAACUGAUACUAAUUGUGUGAAGAUGUUGGACCUUGGUGUGGUUCCUCACCUCCUCAAUUUGCUGGAACAGCAUGUUGAUGAAGGGGACCUGUCUGUCCAAAAUGCUGGACUAAGUGCACUCAGAAACCUCGCCAUACCCGCUGUCAACAAAGUGCGGAUGUUUGGGGAUGGAGUGACUGAAAGAGUAAAACGCCUGCUGCAGACUACCAUGCCUCUACUUCAGUUCAAACUUCUGGGUACACUGCGCAUGAUUGUGGAUGGGCAAGAGCCAGCUGCAUAUGUUCUCGGUACAGACGAAGAGCUGCUCAUUCAGCUCAUGAACUUGUGUCAAGCCAAAGAUACAGGAGUUCAAGGAGAGGCCAUUCGGCUCCUGGCUGCCUUCAUCACAAACAGCCACAAUCCUGAAGUAGUCUGUGCCGUGGCCAAAGCAGACGGGAUUCGGCACAUUAUCUCAAUGGCAACAAGUCAGCAUGUCAUUAUGCAGAAUGAGGCCCUGGUUGCGCUUUCGAUCACAUCUGCAGCUGACAUUGAGUCUGUGAAGGGUCCGUUUAAGGAGGCAGAGUUGGUUUCCAUACUUAAAAAGCUGUUGGAGGACCCUGAAAGCACAGUUGCGGUUAAGGUCAAUGCAUUAGGUGUCAUCUGCAACUUGGCUAACUCUGGUGUGGGGAAACACGAGUUUGACUUGGUGGAUUUACAGGAAAGCCUCAAUAAACUGACCAAUCACAGCAACAGUGAACUGGCCUCACAAGCAAGCUCUUUACUGCCCAGUCUCUGUGACAGCAGCUAA